AUGUCACAGCCAUUUGGCCACCUUAGCCUGGAGGAGAUCCUCAACCAUGUUGCUGAACAGAUGGAAUCCAUGCAAGGAAUGUCUAGUAAAGAUAUCAAAACAGUCAUUGCAUGGAUUCUUUUGUUUUUAGCUGCUUCAAUCUCUAGUGCAGGGAGGUCUGGGUGGUGGCCCUUAUUCCUCCCCAUACUUAGAAACUUGUUGCAGGCCUGCAAAUCAGGACAGCAGCCACCUUCUCAGCCUUCAUGGUCACUGGAGGGUCUCUCACCACUGUCAUAUAUAACCUCUUCUCAGGGACCCUCACUGAUAGACUAUGAGAUUACACUCCUCUCACAGCCAUGCUUGCUUCUUGGAGUGAGUGUUGGGGUAUUCUUCAAUAUUAUGUUUCCAGAGUGGCUGAUAACAGUGUUGUUUGCUGCUUUUCCUGGCUUUUUCUACAUUCAAGACAUGCAGUGCUGGUGUAAGACAUUGGAAAAAAAUGAGACUGAAGAGAUUAGGAGAAGGGACUGUGGAGAUGAUGAGGUGAGCUUGGAGGUGGCUACAGCCAUGGAUGUAGAGAUAGUGUGUGCUACUGUGGGCACUCCAUGGGCAAAGUUGGUGAUUUUGGUAUUUGUGUGGUUGUCUUUUUUUGGUCUGCAUGUUCUUCUUGCUGACAAUGAUGGACAGAACAAUAUUGUAAACCAAAAUGGGAUUAGCACACAGCCCAAAUUUAUCUUCCCAGUAGCUGCACUCUUAUCAGGCAUUGUGGGUGGUCUCUUAGGCAUUGGUGGAGGAUUGCUAAUUAAUCCUGUUCUUCUUCAAAUUGGAGUACCUCCUCAGACAACAGCAGCAACAACAUGUUUCAUGGUGUUGUUCUCUUCUUCAAUGUCUUCAGCACAAUACUUGAUCCUUGGCAUGAAAGGUGUCAAACAAGCAUUGGUUUAUGCUCAGCUGUGUAUAGUGGGUUCAGCUCUUGGGUUAAUCAUGAUGGAGAGAGUUGUGAUAAAGUCUGGCAGAGCUUCUCUUAUUGUGUUCAUGGUCAGCAUUGUCAUGGCUCUGAGUACAAUCUCUAUUACUUCAUUUGGAGCAAUAGAUGUUUGGAGUGAUUACACUGACGGCAAAAAUAUGGGUUUCAAGCUCCCUUGCUGAACUUUUGAUUAAGCUCUGCUACUUUAAGUACUUACUUUGUCAAGACUUAUCAUUUAUAUAUUUUCAGGGCUUAAAACA